AUGGACGGAAAUUUCAAAACCUGGUACAACCACAGACUACGACUCUCAAAAUUUGUGCCUCGACCAUACGAAAAAAUCGGCAAGCGAUUCAAGACUCUCACAAUCCCGAGCCAGGAAGCUGUAAGAGAAAGAAGCGAUGAGAUUGCCCAACAAAUCACCGACUGGUGCGAAAUGGGCUCAGUAACAAGAGUCACAGAAGCCAAAGGAUGCUGGAUCCGCGCGGGAUUCUUUCUGGUUGACAAGCCAGGCAGAGAGACAAGAGUCUGCUGGAACGGUGGAGUUCUCAAACCGCUUCAACUAUACACGUUCCCGUGUAAAUUGGAAGGCAUUGGAACAGCGAUUCAGAUGCUCAAAAGAGGGGAUCUACUGUACAAAUUCGACGAUAAAAAAGGAUUCCACCAGCUCCCGCUCAGCGAAGAGAGCAAGAAACUCGCCUGCUUCGAAUGGGGAGGCCAAUAUUUCAGAAACAAUAUCCUAGCCUUCGGAAUCCCAGCCGCGCCCGGAAUCUACCAACUCAUGAAUCUGUGUGGAGUCAAUUUCCUGAGGAAAAACGGAAUCAAAAUCACGCUUUGUUUGGAUGACAGACUCUUGGCUGUUACUCCAGAAUCUGAAGAAGAACGCCGCCAACUGCUGUCGGGAGAAAAAACCAGCAAGGAAGUCUGGGCAACGGUAGCGACGCUAGUAGCGCUAGGUGGCUAUGUUAACAUCGCGAAAAGCACCUUCGAGCCUACCCAAAGAAUAGAAUUCCUGGGCUUCAUUCUAGACACAGAAAACGAAACGGUAGAGAUGCAAAUCCCAAGUUGGGGUUUCACUGUAUACACAGACGCUUCUUCGCACGCAGGAGCCAUCGUCAUCGAGCACUGGAAGCUAGAAGAAAGAUUCGCGUGGGAGCCGGACGUAGCAGACAAACACAUCGGUAUCAAAGAAGCCCUCGCGAUCAAAUACACGCUCGAGUGUCAGAAUCUGGACUCUGGCGCAUCGUUUCAACAUAGACAUGAAGGUCGAUUGGGUCAGCACAAAGAAGCAGCUGGCCGACGCUCCUUCCAGGGAUUUGGACUCAAGGGAGCAAAAACUAACGGCAAUCGGAUUCGCUUAUCUCCAAUCUCACCUCCGGGAUCUGCUCGACAUCGACGUGGCAGCAACGACUCGGAAUCAAUUGAAAAAAUGGCAGAACAGACCAAGACCCUCUCCAAGCUUCUCUCUGACCACACGAAGCUCACGGAGCAGGAAGCGAAAACGCGGGCGGUCAGAGUCCAGAUCACCAAGGCAGCAUUCUAUGAGCAUUCAAAGACUCAAGCUCAAACGGAAGAGGCUGACCGACUCAUCGUGGAAAUCGAGGAUAUCAGAAAAGACAUGGCGACUCACGACAAGCUCACCGACUUCCUCAUUAAAGAGAUCGCGGAACUCGAAGCCAACCGCGACAAGAGUCUCGAGAUCAAAAAACGAGAGCCCAACGCCAAAAAGCGAUCGGAGGAGGAGAACAAAUUUUAUGAUCGUUGGAAUCCAUCGGAAAUAGAAUCUAAACUCCGCCGCCUGAUUGCCGACAAGAUGGAGCGCUACAGCCUCAAGGGGUCCAUGUUCGCCCAAAUCAAAGCUCGGGAGACGAAAAUCACCGAGCUCUCCCAAAACACGACCGAGUCUGCAGCGGUCUUCAAGGAAAAGGACCCGCUCACUGGCGUAGAAUCCUAUUUCAUGACUCAAGUCGGCUCGACAAGCCUGCCAAAAGAUGAAGGAGACUCCCUCCGAGACAUGGGCAAGGAAUUCCGGGCGUUCGUCACGGAUGCCAAGACUCAACGGACCUUCAGACGAGAAAAGCUCCUGAAGUUGCUCGGAAACUAUAAGAGAGCCAUGACUCCCGAGUACACCGAGCGGGCGAUCAUCGAAAGCGUCGUCGACGAACUGAUUCGUAUGCCGGACAUGACUCGCAAAGACGCGCUUCUAUCCCUCACGCCGGUUAUGCGCCCAAACGUGCGCCACCAAUUCGACAGAGCCAUGACAAUGAACACGACUCAUCCGACCUUCAAAAAGAUGAUCAUUAAUCUCUGCGAUGGUUCGGAGGACUGGCGCACCGAAAAAGACUCUAAACCAGGCCGUGGGCGCCGAGGAGGACACUCGAAUGGCGGCCAAAGCAAGAAGCAGAAAACGGACCAUCAAGGGGAAAAUGCGAGCCCCAAAUUCAACGCCGAAGGAAGCGGACAUUCGGGAGGCCGAGGACGAGGCCCUCUAAAACUCGAGCCCAAAAAGACUCAAUUCAGAUUCAUGACUUGGCUCGACUACAAGAAUCUUCUAGAACACUGGGAAGUGGCGGAGGCAAUGGCUACCUUCAGCUAUGACGAAGCCGAGACCGACGACGUGAUUCAGCACUUUCUCGACAGGCUCCUCAUCAGACCAAGACUCAAGGCCUACGCUUACGAAAAAGGAAUCACAACGAUCCAAGACGUAAUCGCGUCUCAAACGAAGAAAACUCUCAGGGCCAAACAGAAAAGGAAGAUCAAGACCUGGUGCGAGCACAGAGCUCGGGAAUCCGCAGCCGAGACGCUCCAAUACCCCAAGCAAGCGGAAGUCGUCGACGAGCCCGAAGCGAUUCAGUUGUGGGAAGAGCUUAUGAAAACAAACAAGCCAAAGCCAAGAGAAGCAGUUAUCGCCUUCUUCAUUUGCUUCACCACGGGUUCCAGAAUGAAGGAGGCCCUCAACCUCAGAAUCGAAGAUCGCGAAAGCGUCAAGGAGGACGGAAAAGAGUUCUGGCGAUUCCACAUCCGAACCAGCAAAACGGACCCAUUCUGCAAACGCAUGGAGACUCUCACCAUUCCAAUGGAAAUGAAGCGCGGCGUCCCGCUAGUUCUCGAGCUCCGAGCACAAGUGAGAGACCGAGAAUCAGGACUCGUCCUCAAGACUCUCGAAGGUCACACCAGAAUCGCCUCGGACUACCUAGCCCGCUACGGAGCCAAAGCAGGACUCUCUAAGAAGGUUUCCGCACACACAGGCAGAGUCAGUUUCUACAUCGAAGGACGACGCUCUGGCCUCUCGCAACAAACACUCGCGCACACGCUCCGCUGGGCGCCAGGAAGCUCGAUGCCGGACUACUACGAAAGAUGCUGGCUCGAGUGUAGCAACUUGGGAGCGCCCGUCAGCGUCGCAAAAUCAAGAGCCAGAAAGCGAAACGGAAGCGACAACGAAGACAACUCUCUUCAGAUACCCCAAGAACCACAAGAAGCCAAUCAAAAGCAAAAGAAACAGAAAACAACUGAAGCUUAG